CCCAUUCAUCUGUUUUAGCCAGUGCCUACUAGAGCUAAGUGUUCAUGAACAUCUGGCUCUGUGUUAAGUUUAUUCAUUAGAAGUAGAGUCACACAACUUUUGCAAAGAGACACAAACGUCUCAUUUUGAAUGGCUCCCUUCAUCCUGUGUCUCCUCUGUUGCAGCACGUCAAAUUCACGUCCUUUCACCUAGAGAUAUCUCCAACAGAUGCCCUUUUACGUCCAAACGCGGAAGAGCUGAAAAGUGAAGCACUGGAGUCAGAAGAGAGGGAUGCAACCGUCUGGAUGGCUUUCCCCGCGGCCGCGGAGGCUGCGCACCCUGCCCGCCCGGGGAAAGGCAACCGGGCGUGUGGGGCCGGCUCGAAGCCCCAGCCUGGUCCCGCAUUGGUUCCCGAAGUUCCCGCGUCAUUUUCUCCCCACACCCCGCUUGGCACUGGCAAUCACAAGUCUCAAUGGAGGGGCGGGAGAGAGCUGUGGAGCGCUGAGAGGGUUCCUCCAACCCCCCGGAUCACCACCAGGGAUGUCCGGGACUCAGCCCGAGGAUGCUUCGCCUCCGUGCAGGAACUGGACGUCCUCUCCAGAGCUAAACGAAACGAGGGAGCCUUUUUUAACCCCAUCCGCCGAUUACGACGAUGAGGAGUUCCUGCGCUACCUCUGGAAGGAGUAUUUGCAUCCCAAGGAAUACGAAUGGGCGCUGAUCGCCGGAUACAUCGUCGUGUUCAUCGUGGCUCUCGUCGGGAACGUGCUGGUUUGUAUUGCAGUGUGGAAGAAUCAUCACAUGCGAACAGUCACCAACUAUUUCAUAGUGAAUCUGUCUCUGGCUGACAUUCUGGUCACAAUUACUUGUCUUCCAGCAACUUUAGUAGUGGACAUCACAGAAACUUGGUUCUUUGGGCAGCACCUCUGCAAAGCAAUUCCCUACUUACAGACAGUUUCAGUCUCUGUGUCUGUACUAACACUUAGCUGCAUUGCUUUGGAUCGAUGGUAUGCAAUUUGUCACCCUUUGAUGUUUAAAAGCACAGCCAAGCGUGCAAGGAACAGCAUUAUAAUUAUCUGGAUUGUGUCCUGCAUCAUAAUGAUUCCUCAGGCUAUUGUUAUGGAGUGCAGCAGCGUGUUCCCAGGAUUAGCCAAUAAAACCACCUUGUUCACAGUGUGUGAUGAACACUGGGGAGCUGAGGUUUACCCCAGAAUGUAUCACACAUGCUUUUUCCUGGUGACGUACAUGGCACCACUGUGUCUUAUGGUGUUGGCCUAUUUGCAAAUAUUUCGAAAGCUGUGGUGUCGCCAGAUCCCUGGAACUUCUUCUGUUGUUCAGAAAAAAUGGAAGUCUCUGCAGUCCUCAGCACAGCAACGAGGGCUGGGACAGUCAACAAAGUCAAAGAUCAGUGCUGUGGCAGCUGAAAUAAAACAGAUUCGUGCAAGAAGGAAAACAGCACGUAUGCUAAUGGUUGUCCUCCUGGUUUUUGCACUUUGCUAUCUGCCAAUUAGCAUCCUCAAUAUCUUGAAAAGGGUUUUUGGGAUGUUUAAUCACGCUGACGACAGAGAAACCGUAUACGCCUGGUUCACGUUCUCACACUGGCUUGUAUAUGCAAACAGUGCAGCCAAUCCUAUUAUUUAUAACUUCCUCAGUGGGAAGUUUAGAGAAGAAUUUAAAGCAGCGUUUUCUUGUUGCGUCUUUGGUAUUCACAGUCACCAUGAUGAACGACUCACAAGAGGUCGUGCCAGUACAGAGAGUCGAAAAUCUUUGACCACCCAGAUCAGCAAUUUUGACAAUGUUUCAAAACAUUCAGAACAUGUUGUACUGACCAACAUAAACACACUUACGGCAAAUGGUAUUACAGCUACAUUCAGCCCUUUGAAGUCAAUGGAACUGCAUCUCCACAUACCAGGGGUGAGCGUGUCUUCAAAUUUAGAUGAAGCAGUGAGAAUUUCUGCAGGAUGCACUGGCAACACAGAGAACGCAGAAUGGGAUAAAUUUGUCCCUAGUGUAACUAAACUUACCUCAAUGGAAUUACAGCAAGGAUGACUUUGGCUCAAUACAGCUGAGAAUGGCAAUUGUUUUUAGCUGUGUUACAGACUAGAACAACUGGACAAAAGGAUUCCUGCAAAACGACUGCCUCUUCUACUUCUUCUCAGUCUUAUGGAAACCUACUUACCUCAGUAUGAGCUAAGCAACAUGUCUUUACAAGUCUUUUUAA